AUUUACUGCAUUACGAUGGAAGCAACAAAAAUGGCAGAGUCUGAACCGUCAAGUAGUAGGACGAACAGUUUAAAUACAUCCAGUAGUCACAACGACGAAAAUCACACACAUGUUGAAUUGAAAGGUUAUUUGUGGAAGAGAACGAAGUUAUCAAGAAAGUGGAAGAAACAAUGGUUUUUACUGAGAAAUUCUGAUUUAUUUUACGGGAAUACACCUGAGACUGCAGUAAAGACUAUCCCGCUAUCUAAUGCUGAAAUCUCAGAAACAGACAUAGACAAGAAAGACCACGCCUUUAGGAUAAAACCGAAGGACAAUGGUCGUACCUUCUACAUUCAGGCACAGAAUGAAAAUAUUCAGAAUGAUUGGAUGCAAGCAAUUUGCUUUGCAAAGGCAGCAGGGCAUCAAGGGGAUAUAUCUCAGGCAUGUACGAUACAGUGAUCUCGGACAGCAGAAAAGAGAAACUACAAAAUCGGUACGAAAUUGUCAAUGCCCUCCUCUCCCUCAAAGCUGCAAAAUCAGGAGUAAAACAAAUUUUGUUAUGUCUGUGUGGUUUUAGGAUCAAACAAGGAUUGUUUUUGCUACAAGACAAUAGUCCUAAGUAUAAAUAGUAUUCUGAGAAUAACUAAUUAGAAUGAGUGUUGUCAUUCAUUAUGAUAUUUUUAUGAACUUUUUGAUUUUAAUUUUUUUUUUAAUUUAUGGGUAUUUGGGCAUGUAUAGUGUUUUGGUUUUUUUUUUUUUUAAAAGUCAAAACAUUUAGUAUUCAACAGAUAAUACUUUUGCAGCAAUGUUUUCUGGGGGAUUUUAAGUUUUAAUUUAAGCCAGAAAUUCAAAGUAUUUUUUAUUAAUUUCCUGAUCGAAGUUCACAAGUCUGCAAUUAAUAUUGUGUUUUUGUUUUUUUUUGACUGAUUUUAGUCUAGACCCUGUACCCUGUAGGUAUCUCUGAGGAGAUCACAAUUAAUAUUAUUAACAAUUACCGGUAUACAAAUUCAGCUUUUUAUUUUUGAUGUUGUACACAAUAUUACAUUUAUUAUUAACUUGUAGUUUUGUUAAUAUUACUUAUGAUAUUGACCAGAACCCUGAACCAAACAUUUAAUUAUCAGUUUCGUCCUACUCUUUCCAAUUUUUUUCUUUUGGGUUUUAGUUUUAGUCAUAUUCUUCAUUAUUCUUUAGAUUUUAUAUCAAUUUUUAUUCCAUUCUUCAUUAAUCGUCGGAUUUUAUUGCUUUGAACUGUAUUGCCUUUGUCGGAUAUAUAAGAAGUUUCAGUGAAUAAGAAAUUGUAACCAAAUUGAUUUUGAUUGAUAUGUAUAUCUAAAAUGGAAAUGCAUGUCUGUACAAAAUAUCUGCAAGAUGAAAAAUGACACAAACAAUGACCCAAACAAUGACACAAGGUCUUAAAGAGUUUUUUGGAAUUACCAUUUUUAAUGAAUUUCAUUUUCGAAAAUACAUGAGGGCAUGAACUCCGAUACUUUACACCAGCAGUGCAUUAGCACUUCACGAAAAGUAUGCUCGCGUGAAACGUUGCUGUUGAAACCCUCACGCAUUUUCAAAAAUGUGAAAAUUAUUAUGUUUUUUAUAGUUGCAUUUUACUUUCAUUUCUGGGUAAAAUAUUCCCAGUCGUUGUAAUUGUCGUGCUAUAUAUUUAUCAAGAUUCAUACGCACAUUGUGCACAUUCAUGAGGGAAAAAUGACUAUCAUUUGAAUUGGUAAAGAUAUCAAAGGUAAAAACAUUGAAAAUGUAAAUAUUGUAUAACAAAGUUGCAGUCUGUAGAAUUUCAGUUGUCAGAAUUUUAUUUUCACUUUGAUUUUGCAAUGUUAAUAUUUUGGUUUGCAUGUAUCUUAUCAUUAUAAGCUUGGAAGAUAGACUAUAACUUAGUAUAUAACUUAAUAAUUAGUGUAAUCCGGAUGAAGUGCAAUCUGAAAUUUGUGUAAACUACACAUUUUGGCACCAAAAUCAUGUUCAGGAUUGCAUUGCAUUUGGUCAUAAUGGCUGACUUGCUUUUAAAACAUGGAUGUAAAUAUAAAUAUCAGCAAUAUUUGUUUAUUCAUUUCCAAGACCAUUGCCUAGCUGAGUAGCUCAGUAGGUUAGCACAUCAACUGCUGAACUGUAGAUCACAGAUUCAAGUCCAGCAGUGAUUUUAAUAAAUUAUUUUUAGAUUGCUUUCAACUAAAAUGGCAUUUUUUGAUGAAAUAGAGUAAAUUUGAAUAUUUUCUAUUUCAAAAUACUGGACAUAUCCUCCACUUUUCAUCCAUAUCAAAUUUCUGUGGUGUGGCAUUCCUCCUUAAAGAUAUUAAGAUAAACGGGUGGCAUAUAUAUUGAUCUACUGGCGUUCACUAUUCAUCCUUUGUGUUGCCUGUAUUCUGGGAUCAGUCCAGUUACGUACAAUUAAUAUACUGUAUUCACCACUAAACCAUUGUAGAAUCAGUUGUGUAGUUUUACGAUAUACAUAGUCAGAAAAAUUCAGAUGAUUUAGGAUAUGUUUGUGUGUAUGUCUUCUGAGCAGCUAAUGUAGAAGAAUAUGGUGACGGUUGUGGUUUUCACGCCUAUACAUUGGGAUGUUCUUAUUUCACUGUUUUAAGGCCAUUAAAUAAUUUUUUUUUAUGAAUUAUGAAAAAAAUAAUGAUUUCGGGUUGUCUUUUUGGGAGAAAAUUCUGCACCUGUAUGUAUAUAAAACCUGUAGAAUAUAGCUUCCAUUUGCCACAAGAAAAAAGUGCUUUUGUCAGUCGUGAAUUUAUUUUCAUUUACCGUUUGUUUUAUCUUUUUAUCAUAUGACGGGAAUAAGAUUUAUGUAUGUGAUACAGAAGUGUGAUUUUUUUUUCUGGACAGAACACCAGAAGAGGAAUUCUUCUUAUUCAAAUGUAGUUCCCUUUGUCUAAAUAAAAACAGAUGUGUUAUUUCAAAUAUCUGGAGCGAUAUUUUUGUGGAGGUGUCAUGCACUUUGUUAUUGUCAGCCCCUAUCUAGACUAUAGCUGUCAAUUUUAUCUCACCGUUUCAAACUUUUGUUGUUGACAACCUGCGCAAAUUGUUUUUGUUGUGAUUAUCCUGUUUCUGUUCUCAUUGGUUAGGAAUUUUUGGUUGGCAUUUUGUAUUUUACCACUAUUUAGGCUAAUGUACAAAGUUAUUCCCCUUUAAUGAAGAAAUACAAUUCAUGUAAUGUAUUACUUUUGUCAGUUAUAAUUUUGGUAGAAAUUUGUAAAAAUGAAUUUUUUUUAACGUAAUUGAGGCUGAUGUGAUAAAGCGUUGCAUCACUGAUGUAAAUAGAUUUUAUUUGUUAACAUGAAGGGAAAUUUUCUUUGAAAACAAAAUGGAUAAGAAGCCACUGUGAAUUAUCCAUCAGUUAGAAUUUCUUUAUAAGCAUGUAUCAGAUAAAGACUUGUAAAUAACCAAUUGUGCAAGUGUGACUGCAUGUACAAACAUUUUUAAAAAAUACUUUUUCUUUUAGAUCCUUUACAUUCAGGCCCCAUGACCAUAAACUAAAAAUAGACUUUAGUCAAAUUUUCCAAUUGAUUUAAUUCAUAAAUAUUGAUAAUCUAUAAAACAAUAAGAUUCAUAUUGGGAUACAAAAUAUCAAUUCUGACUUAAGUUUAUUCUCUGUUUGUGGUCCUGGGGCCAGUUCUCUCUUACUUCAUUACCCAUAUAGGUCACUAAUUACUAAUUCAGUCCAACACACAAAAGUUUCCCAUUCCUCUGCUAUUUUGUUGUUAAUUGUCUUUUCCGUUCUGUACAAUGCAUUUAUCUUUAGAAAUGUGUACAUGUAGUUACUGACCAUAGACUGACCAUAGUAAUUUAUUGUAUACAGAUUAUUUAAGAGUAGGGUUUGAUGUUUCAACUUUUGGGGAAAAAUAUUCCUGUUCUCUCUACAAAGCUACACACAAGUGAAAGCUGUGAUAUAUUUUGUUUUUGUGUAUUUUAAAUAGAUUUUAUCUAUUGGCAUGUUUUUAUAUUAAACGACAUGCAUUAUUUCUGUUGUGCAAAAGAUUUGUAACUAUUGUUAUCAUCUUGUAUUGCUAUUUAAAUAAACAAGGAAGACUAA